GUCUGCGAGUUGAAAUGCUGGAUUAGUCGCGAUCAGUGGAGAGUUUUUGGGAACAGAAACACUGCAACGCGACAGCUGUACUCGGGUACCACCCUGACAACGGCGCGAGGUGGAAAAGCCUCAGGGCAACAUACAACUGAUGCUGCUGCCAUCUUGGCCAGGUCUUCCUUGCAAAAGACAUUUUCUGAUCUCAGUGGGAUGAACCUGAUUUUAAAAAGGCAGUUUGCUGGUCAGCCUCCCGGUUUGCUGGGGUCCUUUACAAACAGAGGAACUCAGACGAAGAACGCAAGUGACCAUGCCGACUGUCAGCGUGAAACGGGACCUUAUAUUCCAAGCCUUGGGCAGAAAAUACACGGAUGAAGAAUUCGAUGAGCUGUGUUUUGAGUUUGGGCUGGAGCUGGAUGAGAUUACCACAGAGAGAGACAUCAUCAGCCGUGAGCAGGGGGACGUGAGGGCUGAGGGAGCCUCUGAUGUGGUUCUGUAUAAGAUUGAUGUUCCGGCCAAUCGCUAUGACCUGCUCUGUCUGGAGGGGCUGGUCAGAGGCCUGCAGGUCUUCAAGGAGAGGGCGGAGGCCCCCCGUUACCGCAGGCUGAGCCCGUCCGAUGGGGCGCCCCAGAGACUGCUCAUCACAGAGGAGACGGCUGCCGUGCGCCCUCAUGCUGUUGCCGCAGUCCUGCGCAACAUCAGCUUGACGCAGGAGCGAUAUGACAGCUUCAUCGAGCUGCAGGAGAAGCUGCACCAGAAUGUCUGCAGGAAGAGAACCCUGGUGGCCAUCGGGACUCAUGACCUGGACACCAUCUCGGGCCCCUUCACCUACACAGCCCGCCCCCCCGCCCAGAUCCGCUUCCGCCCCCUCAACCAGAGCCAGGAGCUGACUGCGCUGGAGAUGAUGAGCAUGUACAAGAGCGACAGCCACCUACGACAUUACCUCCACAUUAUUGAGGACAAGCCGGUGUACCCCGUUAUCUAUGACAGCAACGGCGUGGUCCUGUCCAUGCCCCCCAUUAUUAACGGGGACCACUCCAGAAUCUCCCUCAACACCAAGAACGUCUUCAUCGAGUGCACAGCCACUGAUCUGACAAAGGCUAAGAUUGUUCUGGACAUGAUUGUCACAAUGUUCAGUGAAUACUGUGAGCAGCCAUUCACAGUGGAGGAAGCUGAGGUUGUGUACCCUGAUGGCAGAACCUGCGUGUAUCCAGAGCUGGCCUACAGGACCGAGACACUGACGGGAGAUUUCAUCAACCAGAAAGUGGGAAUCAGGUUAGUGUGGUUUGGAAUGUCUCCUUCCCCCCUUCAGCAGAGCGGACUGCUAGUGCCUCCAGAGCGCCGUGCGCGUGUGUGUGUGUGCGUGCAUGCGUGCGUACCUGUGUGUGCGUGCGUGCGUGUCUUUGUAUUUGUAUUUGUACAGCUCCCUCUGAACAAGCUGACAGAGCUCCUGAGGCAGGAUCUAGCUGCAGCCAGUUUCACUGAGGCGCUCACCUUUGCUCUGUGCUCUCAGGAGGACAUUGCUGAUAAACUGGGGAGAAACAUCUCAGAAAUCAGAGCUGUGCACAUCGCCAACCCGAAAACUGCUGAGUUCCAGGUGGCGCGCACCACCCUCCUGCCAGGCCUGCUCAAGACUCUGGCAGCAAACAGGAAGAUGCCUCUGCCCCUCAAACUCUUUGAGAUCUCCGAUGUGGUGCUGAAAGAUGACACAAGAGAUGUGGGUGCCAGGAACAGCCGGCGUCUCUGUGCCGUGUACUACAACAAGAGUCCCGGGUUCGAGGUGAUCCACGGCCUACUGGACCGGGUCAUGCAGCUUCUGGAGGUUAAUCCGGGCCCGGGAGAGGGGUACCACAUCAAAGCCUCAGAUGACUGCAGCUUCUUCCCCGGACGCUGUGCGGAGGUUUUUGCUCAUGGGCAGAGCAUUGGCCGCCUCGGGGUCCUUCAUCCUGACGUCAUCAGUCGCUUCGAGCUCACCAUGCCUUGCUCCGCCCUCGACAUCGACAUCGAGCCGUUCCUGUGACCCGUGCCCCGCUCGCCCCGCCCCUGGCCCCGCCCCGCUAGCCCCGCCUGUUAGAGCCACAUGCUUCUGAGGUUUGGGGUGUUUUGGCUCAGCUCAGCCCAGUCCUCCAUCUCUCCCUCUCUCCCUCCUCUCUCACUGACUCCCUAUCUCUCUCUCCCUCCCUCUAAUCUCUCUGCCUCUCCCUGUUGGGUGACAAAAUUGCCUCUGAAUCACCCUGGUCUCCUGCACAGUGCAGCUGGGUUGGCUGUCACACUGUUAUUAGAGUCAUAGUCCCGUGGGUAUCAUCAGGAAUAGAUCCUCUCACCUGCUCUGUAAUUCAGUUUUAUACAUCAGAUUAAUAUGAAUAAUAAGUCUGUUUCUGUAUGGCUGUUUUAAAUAGCUGUCAUAGUGUACAUGAAUAAAAUAUACUCGUGGAGAAGA